UACUCAUACCGCAAUCAGCAUAAGUAAGCCCUCUGCGUCAUGAUUACGCCGAUACCUCCAAUAAGGUUGAUGUUAUCUUGCAUUUACUCAAGACUUACAAAGCUCAUGUCAGCGAAUGUCGUGUCAUGAUCCCCGAAUAUGCACUUAGAGGCUAUACGAGCCAGCUAAUGUCACAUUUGGCGCUGACAACCGUGAGCAAUUUAUCGUAGGCGUUCGAGCUUCCCAAGAUAUGCUGUUCCGUCGGGUCUUCAUCACGUAUCAGACACCAUUGGGUCCUUCUGUCUCACGUAUUACAUCAAUCCACUGCCUAAAAGUUGCAAAUUCCUCCUUUUGUAAGCCAAGACGCUUCUUGUCAAGUUCCGUGCCAUCCGGUUUCAAAAUGAACCCUCAGGCAGUGGAAUCUCCCUUGUCACAGUCGGCGACAUUCCUCGUUCUCUCGGCAACAGACAACCCAGAUGCCAACAAAACAAUCCGAUCAACAUUGUCUAGCAUUGCAGAUAUUACCAAGAACAUAUCAAUUCGCCACCAAACCGCUAAUCUCUCAUGUACUGUUGGUAUUGGAAGCUCGGCAUGGGACCGAUUGACCAAACUCCCUCGUCCUAACGAGUUACAUCCUUUCAAAGAGUUCAAGGGAUCAAAGCAUACUGCUGUAUCGACCCCAGGUGAUAUCUUCUUCCAUAUUCGCUCCGAGAGAAGAGAUAUGGCAUUUGAAUUCGAGAGACAACUCAUGGAUAGACUGGGUGAUGCUGUCAAGCUUGAAGACGAGACCGUCGGUUUUAGGUAUUUUGACACGCGCGAUGUCCUUGGAUUUGUCGACGGGACUGCCAAUCCAGUCGGCCCCGAUGUCAAAGACACGGUGCUUAUUACUGCACAAGAUGACUCGGCUGCUGUAGGAGGCAGUUAUGUCGUGGUACAGAAAUAUCUUCAUGAUCUCAAAGCAUGGAAAACUCUCAAGACAGAGCAGCAAGAAGAAAUCAUUGGGCGCACGAAGCUGGAUAAUAUCGAGCUUGAUGAUGCGGACGAAGGGCAACAGCAGUCCCAUAAGAGUCUUGCUACGAUUGAAGACGAGGGAGGAAGCGAGCAUGACAUUCUACGAGAUAACAUGCCCUUUGGAUCUCCAGCUCAGGGUGAGUUUGGCACAUAUUUUAUCGGGUACUCGAAGAAACUUUGGGUCAUCGAGAAGAUGCUGGAGCGCAUGUUUGUCGGUGUUCCACCUGGGAUGCAUGAUCGGAUUCUCAACUAUUCCAAGGCAGUUACAGGCUCUACAUUCUUUGUACCGUCGGCCGAUUUUCUUGCUGGACUUGAUGAUGAUCAGUAGAUGAGCUUUGAUGUCUUCAGAGAAAUAGUAGAAAUAUCAAUAAGGAUAAAUCUACCUUAAAUUAGUGAGUGGUUUGUGAGAGACGCUUAGAUUAUGCUAUCCAACCCCUACCCC